AUCAUGCCGGGCAAAAUUGCAGAUCUUCCAAGCAUCUGCCUUUUACUGCUCUUACCUGCCUCAGCCAUGUCCUGCCCCAGUCGCUGCUUGUGUUUCAGGACUACAGUAAGAUGCAUGCAUUUGAUGCUGGAAACCGUCCCUGAAGUCCCACCGCAGACUAACAUCUUAGAUUUGCGCUUCAACCGCAUCAGAGACAUUCAGCCCAGAGCCUUUCGGAAUUUGAAGAACCUCAACACGCUGCUUCUGAACAACAACCUAAUCAAGCAUAUUGCACGAAGGUCCUUCGAAGGCCUUGAGAACUUGAAAUACCUCUACCUUUACAAGAAUGAAAUUCAAAGCAUCCAGCAAAAUGCAUUCAAGGGACUUCAUUCUCUGGAACAGCUUUACUUGCAUUUUAACAACCUUGAAACCUUGGAGGAAGAUACCUUCAGCGAUAUGCCCAAGCUGGAAAGACUCUUCUUGCACAACAACCGAAUUUCCAGAGUCCAGCCAGGAGCCAUCGCCCGACUGGAAUCCCUUAAACGUCUGCGGCUGGAUUCCAAUGCCUUGCUGUGCGACUGCGACCUGAUGUGGCUGGCAGAGCUGCUGAAGAAAUACGCCAUCCAGGGCAACACGCACGCCGCUGCCGCCUGCGAGAAUCCAAGGGAGCUGCAGGGCCGCUCCAUCGUCACCUUGACCACCCAAGAAUUUAACUGUGAGAGGCCUCGCAUCACGACUGAACCACAAGAUGUGGACGUCGCCAUGGGCAACACCGUUUAUUUCAUCUGCAGGGCAGAAGGUAACCCAAAGCCCAAGAUCAUCUGGCUACACAACAACAAUGAGAUAGACAUGCAGGAUGACGGACGCCUGAACCUCUUGCAAGAUGGGACGUUAAUGAUCCAAGAUACCAGGGAAUCCGACAAAGGCAUCUACCAAUGCAUGGCCAAGAAUAUCGCUGGUGAAGCCAAGACUCAGGAGGUUGUCCUGCGUUACUUUGGCAACCCAUCCAAACCCAGCUUUGUCAUCCAGCCCCAGAACACGGAAGUGCUGGUUGGACAAAGCGUGACUUUGGAAUGUGGGGUGUCCGGGCACCCUCCGCCUCGCGUCGUCUGGAUGCUGAGCUCAGGAGCUCCGUUGCCACAGGAUUCACGCUUCACCAUCACCAGCUCUGGGGGCCUGUACAUCCAAAACGUCACCUUCUCAGACCCGGGCCAAUACAGCUGCAACGCCAGCAACAGCGAGGGGUCCAUCCAGGCAACGGCAAAUGUCAUAGUACAAGAUACUCCGAGGUUUUUACUCAUCCCCACUGACCAGACCGUGACUGAGGGCCAAAGUGUGGACUUCCCUUGCUCCGCGGAGGGCCACCCGCUGCCCGUUAUAGCCUGGACAAGAGCAGGUGGACCAUUACCGAGUGACCGGAAACACAGCAUCCUUUCUACCGGCACCUUGCGGGUGGUCCGGGUUGCCCUUCAUGACCAAGGCCAGUACGAAUGCCAUGCCAUCAGCGCCAUCGGCGUCCGGAGUGUCCCUGUGCAGCUCUGGGUGACUCCGCGAGUGAUUCCUGUGUUCCUUCACCCACCACAAGACAUGGUGGCAGAGACUGGCCAAGACAUUGAGAUUACCUGCGCUGUCCAAGGGGAUCCACAGCCGACCAUUACAUGGGCCAAGGAAGGCAUUCAGAUCACCGAGAGUGGGAAGUUCCAUAUCAGCCGAGAGGGGACGCUCUCUGUCAGAGAUCUGGGACUGGCGGAUCAAGGGAGAUACGAGUGUGUCGCCAGGAAUACCUUCGGGUUCACUGCCAGCACCAUGCAACUGACCAUCACCGCCACGAAUGUCGGCAGAAGCGGAGACACUUUUGUAGCCACCUCGAUCCGGGAAGCUAUCAGCAGUGUGGACCAUGCCAUCAAUUCUACACGCACCGAAUUGUUUAGCAAACGCCCCAAAACUCCUAAUGAACUGCUGGCCCUUUUCCGUUACCCCCGGGACCCCUACACUAUUGAGACGGCCCGAGCCGGAGAGAUCUUUGAAAGGACCUUGCAGCUCAUUCAGGAACAUGUGCAGCAAGGACUGGUGGUGGACGUGAACGGAACAGGCUACCGCUACAACGAUCUGGUCUCCCCUCACUACCUGAACAUGAUCGCCAACCUGUCUGGCUGUUCUGCCCACCGCCGCACCCCCAACUGCUCCAAUAUCUGCUUCCAUAGGAAGUACCGGACCCACGACGGCUCGUGCAACAACCUCCAGCAUCCCAUGUGGGGCGCUUCCCUCACAGCGUUCCAGCGCCUGCUCAAGCCGGCCUACCAAAAUGGCUUCAACCUGCCGAGAGGCUUCUCUUUGGUGGAAGAUGCCAGAGAGCUCCCCCUCCCGCUGCCUCGCUUGGUCUCCACCGCCAUGAUCGGCACGGAAACCAUUACCCCCGACGACCAGUUCACGCACAUGCUUAUGCAGUGGGGCCAGUUUCUGGACCACGACAUGGACCAGACGGUGGCCGCCAUCAGCAUGGCGCGUUUCUCCGACGGAGAGUCUUGCAGCCAGGUGUGCACCAAUGACCCUCCUUGCUUCUCCAUCAUGAUCCCCGAAAAUGACCCCCGGGUAAGGAACGGCCGCUGCAUGUUCUUUGUCCGUUCCAGCCCGGUGUGCGGCAGCGGGAUGACCUCGCUGCUGAUGAACUCCGUCUAUGCCCGGGAGCAGAUCAACCACCUCACCUCUUUCAUUGACGCGUCCAACGUCUACGGCAGCACAGAACAUGAGUCCCGGGAACUGCGGGACCACAACAACCGGCGAGGACUCCUAAAGCAAGGCCAGGUGGUUCCAAGCUCGGGAAAAGCCCUCCUUCCCUUUGCAGUGGGGCCUCCCACGGAAUGCAUGAGGGAUGAGAACGAAAGCCCCGUGCCGUGCUUCUUGGCGGGUGACCACCGAGCCAACGAACAGCUGGCCCUGACCUCCAUGCACACACUCUGGUUCCGUGAGCACAACCGGGUGGCCGCCAAGCUCCUGGCCCUGAAUCCUCACUGGGACGGGGACACGGUCUACCACGAGGCCCGCAAGAUUUUGGGGGCCCAGAUGCAGCACAUCACCUACUCCCACUGGCUCCCCAAGAUACUCGGGGAGGCUGGGAUGAAGGUCUUAGGAGAGUACAAAGGCUAUGAGCCCAACAUCAAUGCCGGCAUCCUGAACGCCUUUGCCACCGCUGCUUUCCGUUUCGGCCACACCCUGAUCAACCCCUUUCUCUACCGGCUCAAUGAAACAUUCCAGCCCAUCCAACAAGGCCACGUCCCACUUCAUAAGGCCUUCUUCUCCCCGUUCAGAAUCCUCCAGGAGGGAGGCAUCGACCCCCUUCUCCGUGGGCUCUUCGGGGUCCCUGGGAAAAUGCGGGUCCCUUCGGAGCUCUUGAACAUGGAACUGACGGAGAAGCUCUUCUCUAUGGCGCACUCUGUCUCGCUGGACCUGGCGGCCAUCAACAUCCAGAGGGGGCGUGAUCAUGGAAUCCCCCCCUACAACGAUUUCCGGGUCUUCUGCAACCUCACCUCCGCUCAGGAGUUCGAUGACCUCAAGAACGAGAUUAAAACCCUGGAGAUCAGGGAAAAGCUCAGGAGUUUGUAUGGAAUCACUAAGAAUAUUGACCUGUUCCCUGCGCUGAUGGUGGAAGAUCUUGUCCCGGGUACCAGAGUGGGACCGACGCUCAUGUGCUUAUUCACAACCCAGUUUAGACGACUUCGGGAUGGAGACAGGUUUUGGUAUGAGAAUCCAGGUGUGCUCACCCCAGCCCAGCUUACGCAGAUAAGGCAGGCGUCGCUCGCUCGUAUCAUCUGCGACAACAGCGACCACAUCCAGCAACUCCAGAAGGACGUCUUCCGGGUUGCCUCCUACCCUCAAGGCAUGGUCAACUGUGACGAAAUCCCAGAAGUGGAUCUACGCAUGUGGCAGGAUUGCUGCGAAGACUGCAGGACGAGAGGUCAGUUUCGGGCUCUCUCACAACAGUUCCGGAGCAAGAGAUCUUCUGGCUUCAGCUACCCGGAAGAAAACCCCUCUAAGGACAAGCCUGGAGAUCCAAGGAUGGAAGGACCAGCUCAGAACCACUUUCCAGAAGAGGAUCUCGAGAGCAUAGUGAACGAACUUGAGAAAACUGUCUCUUCUCUUCGGAAGCAGGUCAGUGGUUUGGAAGAUCAGCUGAGAAGACAUCAGAGGAGCACCGCUACCAAAUAUGGCCGCCAGCAGAAGACUGGAGCAAAGUGGAGCAAAAGAUGACCUGCCCUAGGCUAUUUCAAGCAAUUGUCAGCGGGCUGCAUUUGCUGUUUCCCCCAGAGAAAAGCCUGUUUUAUUUCAAGGGAGUCUAUUACUGUCAGCAUCAGGACCCGGGCUCCAUCGAAUUUUGGACAUGCCUCACCAGGGCAACUGUGCUUCCCAGAAACCCUCGCUCACUGCACAGAGAGACCACAAAUUUCUCGGACUCCUAGCCUUCUCCUCACCACUCAAUCUGAACAUCUAUCCCGUCCUGUUUUCAGAGCCACAGUAGCGAUAAGAACAUCAGAAG